CACGUAAAGAAAGAUCCGACACAAGGAAAGAGACGAAACAUGAUUCGUUUUCCAUGUUUUGCGACACGAUGGAAGAGACGGACUAAUAGGUUGAGAAGAUUCGGACAAUGCCAUUGUCUACCCUUUCCAUUGAAGAAUAAGAACAAAGAUUCGGGCGAACUUCAAGGCCAUGAUGUUUCACCUAAAAGGGCGAAAAAGGUUAAGGUCGACAUUAAAGAUCAAGACAACAAAAACCUUUCAGCAAAAAUUUUCACUUUCAAGGAGCUUGCAACAGCGACAAAAAACUUCAAAGAAGAAUGUAUUCUCGGGGAAGGUGGAUUCGGGCGAGUUUAUAAGGGAAAGCUCGAGAAAACAGGCAAGGUUGUAGCGAUAAAGCAACUGAAUCCUGAGGGAAAGCAAGGAAACAAAGAGUUUCUUGUGGAGGUUAUGAUGCUAAGCCAUCUUUCCCAUCCACACUUGGUAAAUUUGGUCGGAUACUGUGCAGAUGGAGAACAAAGACUGCUCGUGUAUGAAUAUAUGCGUGCUGGUUCUCUCGAAAAUCAUCUACUCGAUCUGCCACGUGGCAAACGACCGCUUGAUUGGACAACGAGGAUGAAGGUAGCAUUGCACGCUGCAAAAGGUCUAGAAUACUUGCACGAGACGAAUAAUCCUCCGAUUAUUUACCGUGACUUAAAGUCGUCCAACAUAUUGCUGGAUAAGGAUUUUAACGCGAAGCUAUCUGAUUUCGGGCUAGCAAGGAUUGGUCCAGUUGGGGAAAAGACACAUGUGUCAUCAAGAGUGAUGGGAACAUUCGGAUAUUGUGCACCCGAGUAUCAAAAAACAGGAAGGUUGACUGUGAAAUCAGAUAUUUAUAGCUACGGAGUUGUGUUGUUGGAACUAAUUACAGGGAGACGAGCGGUUGAUUUAACGAGAGAUACCGAAGAAUUGCAUCUUGUUCAAUGGGUGGAGCCAAAGAUCAGGGACCCACACAAAUAUGCAGAAGUGGUUGACCCACUGCUUCAAGGAAAAUACCCACAAUCUGAUUUAAGUCAAGUGUUAGCGAUAGCAGCCAUGUGUCUUGGUGUCAAUGCACCGCUCCGACCACCCAUGAGUGAUGUGGUUGCGGUUCUUGAUUCCCUUGUGCACGAUUCAAUACACCAUUCAUAUGACUAG